AUGGCAGAAGCACCCUCGGGCCUCAACUUUCUAAAGCUAGUCUCCAGUCCGCAACAUGAGUCUCAAACUACCCAACAGAAGGCUAUUUUAGUGAACAGACAUUAUUCUGAUGAGUGCAAGCGUCUCCGCCAAAGCAUAAAAUGUGGCCUCAUAAAUCGGAUAACUGUGGGUGACAUUCAGUACAAAGCUAUUGCACUUCAGGCUGUUAGAGUAAAAGACUGGCUAGAAACAGAGAUAGUGUGGCUAAGUCAUCUUCGUGAUAGAGCUAGUGAGAAAGGACGCAGAAAAGAGCUCCGAGAAUGUGUAGAGCAAUUGCAGCUUUUGGAAACCCCUGAAGAACGGCAACGUAGAUUGGAGGAAAUUCCAGAAAUACAUGUGGAUCCAUUUCAAGUGAUUCUUGGAGUGGAACAAAGAAUUAUUCUCAUGUGAAUCAGGAACUCAACAGAAAUUUAUCU